AUGCCUUGGUCCUUGUCGUUGUCCGGGUUGCGACUUUUAGUCCACGGCGCUCGGCCUCCGCCUCGGCCACUUGCUCUCUCUCUCUCUUCCUUCCCGAAGGUCCCGAGGGAGCAGGAGCAGGAGGACGAAGGCAGAGAGAGGAGAGUGGGCAGAGAUCCCAGAACGGGAGAAGAAGCUGGAACCUCGGCAAAGACCCAGACACGACGGGAAGAAGCAGCAGCAGCAGCAUCAGGGACAAGCGGAGGGGAGGGAGGGAGGGGGCAGGGGAAGGGAAGUGAGCGGAGAGUGGGGCUGGAGGAGAGGGAGGGAUCUGUUGAGGCUCUUCGGGCUCCUCGGUCGCUGAACUCGAGGACGAGGAGGACGAGGACGAGGGCAGGACGGCGAUUUGAGCGAAGUACAUUGGGAGGUCGAGGGCCCGGAGACGAGGGACGACGGAAACAAGGCAGGUCGUCAGAGAGGACGGGAUCGAGGGGGCAAUCUGUGCGCGGGGCGGGAGUGGAGCGGCGAGAGGUGUGUGUGCGGGGAGGGGAGGCGUGUGUGGGCGCCGGAGGUGAGGUUUCUGUAAAGGUGGGAUGGUUUGUUGAGGUAGAGCGAGGCGGACGAGGACGAGGUGGAGAGGGCGCGGGAGAUAGGGGUGUGGAGGAGGAGGAGGAGGAGGAGGAGCGAGCGAGGGAGGGAUCUAUGCGGCGAAGGAAGGACUGA